AUGUCCGAGAAGAAAAGCGUCAUCCGCAGCAGUAGCAAGAGAAGAAAUAAGAUAUGGCCACCGACACUCUUCACCGGAGGAGGAGGAGGCGGCAGAGGAGGAGAAGGAAGAGAUGAGCUGGCGACGGUGAAAGCUGCGGCGUGGGCUUGGUACCAAAGAAACGAAGGAAAGCCAAUGAUAAGAGAGUUCGAUUUCACAACAAGAGCAACAAGAACACCUCGACCUUCGCGGUACAAGCUCGAGGCCAACAAGAACAUGGCCCUAUCCGAGAAUAAGGUUUCUAAACCGUACGCUUAUCACUUAUUACGUGGAGAUCAAGAAACCAAGUUAUCUAGUCUUCUUGACCCUUAUGAGAUCAAGAGUAUUUCCAAGAGGAUUGACGAGGGUUCUUUACCCGCUAGUGCUUUCGGGGAUGAUCAUGAUCAUGUUUUAUCGAAGAAGAAGCUUGAAUAUGAUGAUAGUAAGAAGGACAAUAUUGGGUUGGUGACAAAAACGAGCAUAAGAAAUUUGUGGAAAGGAAUGAUUCUGAUGGGUCCAAGGACAGUUUGUGGCAGAAGUGAUGACGUGGAUCUUGGGGCUUAUCGUACUGGCCCAAGAACAGUAAAAGUUGCACCGACGAGUGUCAAGAUGCGAACUCUAUAG